AUGUAUCGGAAGUUGUCUAAGUUAGAACACUCGGAAAUAAAACAACUUCUUACAGAAGCUAACAUAGAUGUUGCAAAACAUUACGCAACAAACAAAAAAGCACUCGCUGACAUCCUCAAUGACUACAAUGUUGAAAUAACUUAUGAUAGAAUUCAUGAGUUCAUAAAGCCGCAACGCGGCGAGGACGAAGUCCAUGCAAGAGCAUUUCCUUUAAAUGACGUUGCUAUUGACUUAUAUCAUAGACGUUCAGUACCUCAUGAAGUAAGAAGAGAAAUGUUUGACAUAACAAAUGCAAACGUUGGUCAUACUCGUAAAGCUCUUUCGCAUGAUGUUCGUCAAGAGAUGUUUGACAUAACAAAUGCAAACGUUGGUGAAACAAGAAGAAGAGACGACACACUGAAACAACAGAGAAGAGAGAUGUUUAAGAGCGCUAUAGAACAAGUUCGCAAAGCUAACGAUGUCAUUCGUUCCAUUGACGACAAACCAAAAGAAGGUGAGAGAUGGUUAAAGAAAGAUGAAGAGAAUAGGAAGAGAAAUGUGAAGUCAGGCAAUAGACUCAUUGACUUUAACAUCGAAGCUUUAGAUGAACCAAACAGAGACUACUUACACAAACAUUUCGGUAAGGUUUUCAUGAGACUCUUAGAGAAGAUUAAAAUAAACACCCAACAGAGAUGGAUGGUAUGUUAUAAACUUGGUGGAAAGUAUGAAUGUUCUACGUUAAACCUCAAUAAUAUUGGAACAUUACUACAUCAGCUCUUGAAGGAGAACUUUAUAUCAGAGAUAGAAGCAAAUGCUGCAGGUAUUGUUGAAAUGCACUAUGACUUCUUCUUGACAAACAUAAAGAAUCUUACUGAAAUAAAGAUGUAUGAUUUAACAGAAUAUGAAGGCUUAACGAUGUCAGAUGUAAAGAAAGGCAAACCAAAAAAGAGACCAUAUAGAGAUGAAAGCACACUGACAAAUGACCAGAAAGCCAUUUUGGAAGCUCUUAAGCAAACAGGAAACCCAGCACUUAUAGAAAGCUUUUGGAAAGAUAA